CACAUCACAGACAUCAGCUUGUAAGAGCUCUUGGCUGGGUGUGGUUUGUGUUGAUGUGCAGGAAGUAUAUUGGUUUGAAGACUUUACAAGUGCUCAGUAUUUUGAAGGCACUUGAACAAAGUAGUCUGAUUGCUGCUUUUGACAACCCCAUGGCUAUUGAUUGUAUUGAUUACUUGAUUUAAGGUUGAAAUGGGAUUCGGAAUUUGAACACCGUGAGCUCUCAGAUCUGAGAAAGAUUGAUAGGCAUGCAUAUAUUGAUAUUCUUAAUAUCUCUAAUUGAUAGUGACAUGUAAUUUUAGAAUGCAUCAAUUUCUUCCAAUGACAUUUAACAAAUUUUCAGUGAAAUUCAUGAAGAAUGUCUUCAAAUCUGAUAGUGCAGGUUGCAUAAGCCACAGGAAAUCUGUCAGGUUUCUUUAAAAGUAGUAUGCAGAGUGAGCCUGGUUUGAAUUCAGCAGAGGGCCAAGUCGUUAAGUUCCCAAUUGAUUUAUCUGAUGCAAGUCCAGUUUUCAAGCCAAUGUCCAUGUUACAUCAGCCUUCAUUGAAUCCAUUUCCAAUGCAUCGUGGCUGGGGAGGAGUAGGGGGCUUUGCCUCCCCCACUCAGCCAACUCCCCCUCUCUGUGCACCUCCCCAUACCAUUGCCUCAACAUUGGGUAAUCCUCAGAUGCCUGCCAGUUCAACAUACAACACCAAUUCUUCAAUGGAUUACAACUUCAGAUUAUCAAGCAUACACAUGGCCCCAGCUACCAAAAGAAAAUCCCGUGAUGAAGAUAUGGAAAUCAGGCUGCCGGCGGCCAAGCAGCACAUAACAGAGGACAAAGUGUCAGCAAGCCUGAGCUCCCUGCACUUGUCCAACCAAUACACCAGUCAUCAGCUGGGAACAGAUGCUGGCAAGGUGCCGGAGAAUCUCCUGAAGGAUGGCAGUGACGACGACAGUGACGGCAGCCAGCUUCCUCGCCUUUAUGUCUCUACCGACAUCAAUAAAAUUCCUCUCGAUGACAGAAACCUUCUCCCUGAUGCCCUUCUCAAAAAUCUGAAACGGAGCGGUCCGUGCAUGGACGUGGUUCUGUGGCGUCCGCCGGCGCCACCGCUGUCAGCCGCCCCCCUCACUGGUGCUUCUAACGACCGCGACGAAAAUUCUGAAGUGGCAGAUGUCGCCCGAGCCCACGGUUGCAAUGUCUACGGCAACGUCUCCAAUUCAGAAAACAUAAUAAGCUCCCCCGACUCUGGCGUGUCGAUCUCACCUCCAUCCAAUUCUGUCUCCUUGGACCUUCCUUGUGACAUGGAUGAGGAAAAUUCUGCCGCUGGUGUAUCGUCUAAUUCUGCUCCAAAUUCCAGUGUGUUUCAAAUCCAUCCUCAAGGAACAUUUUCUAACAAUCCUUUCUCUCUGUUCUACCCCUCGAACCUUCCUACCGCCGAGGCUAGCUGCAGCACUAUUGCCCAAAUUAGCAGCGACUUUAUACAAGAACCUGCGAGCGUCAUGCCUAAGAACUACGCCAGCAGCGCCUCCGCCGCAUACACUCGUGCCUGGCUGGAGCAGAACAACAACGUGGUGGAUGCUUCCUCUGUCCCUGCCGCCACAGCGCUUGUUGAUGACGAUGAAAUGGAUUUGUGAAUCAAAUAACUUAAGAGUAUCUGGCUGAACUUAGAUGAGAUAGCUAAGCUAUCUAGUAUUGCCGCUAUAAAUGUAAAAGACUCGUUUCACUAGCCCAGUAUUAGAGAGUUUAGUUGUACAUUUCACCUAAAUUAGUGUGUGACUCAGCAUGGAACUCGCGUAACUUGUUAACUUUAAGAUUUUUCUCGUUAGUUAAGAACUCGAAUUCGAAGAUGUUUGUUCUGUUCUGUUCGAUAAUUUAUUGAUCUGUUUCUUGGCUAAGCUAUCAUUUGAGCACCUUUCCUUUCCUCUCAGAAUGGUGCAUAUAAAUUUUUCUUUAACUCCUAGUAUAAAUAGUCAGUUAACUACCUGGUCUUUUCCUUCAUAUCACGUUCUUCAUCUCGUGAUCUGAUAUUAGCUGGCGUUUUCCUGGCCUCGAGUCAGAAAGAAGUUUCCUCUGCGUUGUAUUACAGGAAUAUGGUUCACAUUUUCAUUCAAACUUGGUCCGAUGAUUAUUUGAAAUGCACGAAUGAUUCAAACUAUAGCAAAUGUCAUGAUUUGAAGAAGAUUUUACGAGUAUUUUGGCUGUAAAACUUUUAAUGAGAUUUUUCACUAGGUGACAUUUGCAUUUUACUAGAAGCUGCGGUAGCUUGAGUCCUGAUGUCCUUCCUAAUUGAAGCCGAGAACGCUCCUAGAUGAAAUUUUUCUGCAAGAACUGCCAUCUGUUGCUGUUGAGCUAUGAGGCCGGGUUCACGCCAUACUGCCGGGCUCAUGCCAGGUACGGUCCCGUCCAAUAUUCUUUGCUGCAUUUCUUUGUUAGCAUUCACAACUGCCGUGCAUGGCACCUGCCAUGCCCAUGGUGUGGAUGCUUGUAUGGAAAUACAUCGAAGAAUAUUGAACUGGGCUGUGACUGCCACGUGCCCGGCAAUAUGGUGUAAAUCCGGCCUUAUUUGCUAAUACUUGGAUGUUGUCAGGAGUUACUGUACACUAAACAGGGUUCUGUACUAUGGAAAUAAUAUUAGCAAUCGAG